GAACCCGCUGCUUAUUAUAGAGCGAGAAAGGAGAGAAAAAGAGAGCGCGCCAGCUCUAGAGAGAGAAAAAAUAGGUACACAACAAUGGAGGAGUGAAGAGAGAGAGAGAAAAUUCGAAAAAUUCUCUUCAAGAAAUUCUGAUUCCUCUGUAUUUUUUCUGUGGAUUUUCAUCCAAUUGUUCAUCACAUUUUGCGCUGUUUUGGAUUUGAAUUUGAGUUAUGAGUCGUUUAGGGGUGAAAUCGGUGGUGUUUCAUGGCGAAACGUGUUUAGGAGAGCUAGAUACUAUUCCAGUGAAGGAUCAGAGUUUUCAAUUUCCGAAUAACGAGAUACGGAUCCAUCAUAUCUCUACAAACAGUGAGCGGUGUCAUCCUCUCUCUGUUCUGCAAACAAUUAUAGCACCUGUUCGUUGUAAGCUUGAACCGAACUUGAAUUCGGUGCCAGUUGGUUCUGAUCAGUCUCCGUUGAUCAAUCUUCACGCUUCCUGCUUCUAUGAACUCAAGACUGCAGUAGUCUUGCUGGGGGAAGAAGAAAUACAUUUGGUAGCAAUGCCAAGUAAGCAGAAAAAGUUCCCCUGUUUUUGGUGCUAUUCAGUGCCCUUAGGUCUGUAUAGUGCUUGUUUACGAAUGUUGAAUAUGAGGUGUUUAUCAAUUGUUUUCGAUCUGGACGAGACUUUAAUUGUUGCAAAUACAAUGAAGUCAUUUGAGGAUAGAAUUGAGGCUUUGCGGGGUUGGGUUGCACGAGAGACGGAUCCAAUUCGGUUAUCUGGAAUGUCUGCUGAGAUGAAGAGGUAUAUGGAGGAUCGUGCACUGUUGAAACAGUACUCGGAGAGUGAUUCAGUUGCUGACGGUGGAAAAGUAUAUAAAGCCCAACAAGAGGAGGUGCUACAGUUAUCUGAAGGGCAAGAGCGUGUAGUUCGGCCAGUCAUAAGGUUGCUGGAAAGGAAUGUGGUCCUUACGCGGAUUAAUCCAGAGAAUCGGGAUACCAGCGUGCUAGUUAGAUUACGUCCUGCUUGGGAUGAGUUGAGAACUUAUUUGACGGCGAAAGGUCGGAAAAGGUUUGAAGUAUAUGUUUGCACCAUGGCAGAGAGAGAUUAUGCAUUGGAGAUUUGGAGGCUACUUGACCCUGGGUCACACCUCAUUAAUGGCAAGCAAUUGACGGACCGGGUUGUAUGUGUCAAAUCAGGAGCCAAGAAGUCUUUACUCACUGUCUUCCAAAAUGGCAAUUGUCAUCCAAAAUUGGCGAUGGUUAUUGAUGACCGAUUAAAAGUGUGGGAAGAUAAAGAUCAACCUCGUGUUCAUGUUGUCCCUGCUUUUAUUCCAUAUUAUGCUCCACAAGCAGAGAUGGCCAAUGCAGUUCCAGUCCUGUGUGUGGCGAGAAAUGUUGCUUGUGAUGUUAGAGGUCGUUUCUUCAAAGAGUUUGAUGAAGGUCUACUCCGAAAGAUCUGUGAAAUCUUCUAUGAAGAUGAGGUUGUAAAUUUACCUUCUGCACCUGAUGUUAGCAACUACUUAAUGUCCGAGGAUGCUGGUUUUGUGUCAUCUGGAAAUUUUGCUCCUAUUCCCGAGGGAAUGUACGGGCCUGAAGUUGCACAAAGGUUGCAUCAACAGGAGGGAAAAGUUAAUAUGAAUGCUGUUCCUCCUUUCACGAGUAACAAUCCUGAUAUGAAGUCAGGAAGCUCCCAGCUUACGGGUGGAACUGCUGCAAAUGUACCUGCUCAAUCAAUGAGACCAGUUCAAUCUUCAGAAAAACCAAGUUUACUGGGAGCGCCAUUCAGACGAGAUAACAGUUUUUCUGAAGCUGAUGCUGAUGGGAAGAGAAGGUACCCCAUAUUGAAUCCUAGCCAGGAUAUGAGGUAUCGUGGUUCAGCAGAACCUCCUUUAUUAUCUAGAAUGCCUCAGAAACCACCCAUACUGCCCAUACCGUCACAGGGUGGUUGGUUGGUGGAAGAUGACCUAAAUAAAGGACAGAUGGGUAGUCGAUCACCUGGAAUUUUUCAAGAAUCUGAUGCAUCAAGGUAUGAUAAACAGAGAGGUCAUCAGAUUCUCAGUCAAGGUGCAACAAGCACGGUGUUACCAACAUAUGCAUCUACGGGGAAGAAUGGGGAGAACUCUUUGCAGGCAAAUUCCAGGCAUGAUAUGCACAGACAGAAUUCUCUUAUUCAUCAGACAGAGGGUAGGUUCUCUCAACAUCAGUCUCUAUUUAACAACAGAGAAUCUCAACUAGAAGCUAUGAGAAUGAACUUACCAUCUUUAGCUACUGGGGUGCUGCAAGAAAUUGCACGACGAUGCAACUCAAAGGUUGAGUUCAGGCCUGUGGUGAGCACUGUUGAGGAAUUGCAAUUUUCAGUUGAGGUCUUCUUCACUGGUGAGAGAGUUGGUGUCGGAAUGGGUAAGACUAGGAAGGAUGCUCAACAACAGGCAGCUGAGAAUGCACUUCGUAACUUGGCUGAUAAAUACAUCUCAUACGUUACAUCGCACCCUCGAGUAGCGGAUAAAGACUUCGAUAAGAUUUCAGUGGAAAAUGAAAAUGGGUUCUUGUGGGACACAGUCAAUAACAUGGAUGAACGGUCGGUGGAGGAUAGAUUACCUCAAGUAAAUGUUUCGGAGGUGGGAGUUAAUGGCAAUGCUGCUCAUGAAUGAUUAUUUAGUUCUUUCAAAAAGUGACUGGUCUUUGGCUAAGGGGUCUGCACAGAAGCAAACCUUGGGGAUGGGUUGAGAUUAUUUGGGUUUCCACCCCUCUUUCCUUGGAUUGUGUUGUACCAGAGUCAGGAGCAAAACAGGAAAUUCUGGAGCUUGUUGGCCUCUACUUUGUUCAUCUGGGUAAUGUAGGCUAUCCUUCAUGCUUCUUAUCUUGGAGGUAUAAUGGUGGUGCUUAGUUCUUAUUCCACCUUUCUCUUGCCCAUCACAAUUUUGUUCUCAAGUAACUUCUGCCGGUAGUCCUGUUCUUCUCCUUUUCUCAUUUGGUCCUAAAAGGUAGUCUACUCCUAACUGUAAUGCUGUCUGUCUUCCAAUAGCUUCUUGUCUCUGCUCUUGGUGAAGAAUUUUGAUAAUUUCCUAUUCUUCCUCAGAUACCCCUCGACUUAAAACUCUGGCUUCUUGAGAUUUCCUGAGUUGCUAUUGGACUUGUGGUGCAAUGGUCAGAGUGAUCAAUUCACCCAGGUCAUCUUAAGGCCAAAGCAUAAGAGUUUAUCUCAAGCCAAGUUCCCCAAUUCCCUAAUUUGCUUUAUUUAUCUGCUCCGGGAAGUCCGUCUUUGAACUUUUAAGUGCUGAGCAAGUUCUGGAAUGAAGAAUUCAUGUUCUUCGUUUGGUAAAUACCAACUUUAGUUAUUUCUUGAUUGUGUAGACACUAACCAUCCUAUCCGUCUAAUGUCCAAACAGAAGGGCUAUUGCCACCUAUCUGCAAAGGGACAUUUGGUAGCGGAACAGUCUUCACAACCAUCAAAUUGGCUACUUUGGGGUGCCUUCAGGAUUUUCCCGCCAUAUGUUACGGAGAAAAUGGAUUUUCUCUUCCGCUUUACUCUCAUUGGAGAAGUGAUUCGUACAUUUUUUUAUACAAGGGCUAUUUUGGUGUCCUUGUUUCUGCCGCAAGAGUUUGUAACUAUCUAUUUUCUUGCAGUUCAUUUUUAAUCAAAAUACAUUCAAAUUUCUCUAUUAUAAUCUGUUUGUUCGGGGUUUUUAUUGACGUUAAUGGCAAUUGGCUGUUGCAUACCUA